AUGGUAUCAAAGGGGCUAAAACCUUCCGUUGCUACUUACAACAGUAUGGUAGAUGGAUGGUGCAAGGAAGGUGAGAUUGAAUCGGCUAUGUCCUGUGUUGCGAGGAUGUAUGAGGAUGAGAGAGAUCCUGAUGUUGUUACUUACACUAGCUUAAUCCAUGGGCUGUGCGCUAGUGGAAGGCCUGGUGAAGCAAUCUCUCGUUGGAACGAGAUGAAGGGGAGAGGUUGCUGUCUGAAUGUGAUUACGUUCAUGGCGCUUGUUCAGGGUCUUUGCAAGUGUGUCUGGACGAGUGAGGCUUUGGUUUAUUUUCGUGAGAUGGAAGAGAAGGAAAUGGAACCUGAUUCAGGUGUUUAUGUAUCCCUCAUGAGCUCUUUUUUGUUGAGUGGAAACAUCAGUGAAGGGUUUGGGAUAUUCAGAGAGAUGGUUUGUAAAGGAAGGUUUCCGGUUUUAGUAGAUAGGAACUACAUGGUUGCUGUUGAUGCUACAAAUAAGCGCAGAUGUGGUGUACUAUAUGGACUCUUGAACUAUGAUCGUUCUGUGUUCAUAUACGGAUUGAAGAAGACAUUUAAGAUGCAUACGGGGAUUAGCCAGUUGGAUAAAGCAGUCAAAGCUACGCAGAUUCAUAGCCUAGCUCACGACAAAACAUACUUCGACUCCAAGAAGAUCUACGCAGCGUUACAUCUGGUUGGUAAUAGGAUGAUCUCAUUGUUGACACUUGACAAUAAUGAAGACAAUCAUUGUGCGUGUUCUUGA